UUCCCUCAGGACUGGCAGUCGGAUACAAUUUCUCCUCUUGCAGCCAAUCGUCAGACUCAGUGACCGAGGACAAAGUCCUCUCUCCAGAGUCAUUUAACACUCCUCUGCCCACCCUCCUCCUCCUCCUCCUCCUCCUCUCUGAAUGGUAACGUUACACCCUCUGCGAGGCUUUACCUGUCCAGGUGAACUGCUCAGCUGAAAGUGAACGUCGCUCAUGAAGACAUAUCUCCACAGAUCUCUGCUGCUCAUGACCUCCUCCCUGGAUCCAGCAAACCUUCCUGAGUCCAGAUGAGCAUCCAGGAGGAGAGCGCACAGCCCGAAGGCGCCGCGGCGAUGGCCGGAGCGUCGGCCCUGCCCCUUUCCCCCUCAGACUACGGACUUGUGUCUCCGCCUCUGGACCUGUGCGCCGCGUGCGGCCACUGCCACCAGCUGGAGGAGAACCACGAGUACCUCUACAAGGACGAGGUGGACGACGACCUCGUGUGCCACAUCUGCCUGCAGGCGCUCAUCCGGCCCCUGGACACGCCCUGCGGACACACCUACUGCCAGGAGUGCCUCACCAGCUUCCUGCUGGAGAGCGACUUCUGCCCCGUGUGCCGCGCGCCGCUCAUGCUGCAGAGCUGCAGGAAGCCCAGCCUGCUGGUGCACAAGCUGCUGGACAAGCUGACCGUGGCCUGCCCCUUCACCGACCACUGCGCCGUGACGCUGGCACGAGGUGAUCUGGAGGACCACAUCAAGAGCAGGUGCAAAGGGGCCUCUCACUAUGGGCUCUCGGCGGACAGGAAGCGGCGCUCGCAGGAGGGCGAGUGCACCGACAGCACGUCCGAGCUCACCAUCGCCACGCUGCCCAGCGACGGUCCCGCCUCCGCCGCCGUGGCGCUCCUGUCGGACGAGCCUGGCCUGGUCAACCCCGCCUUCGACCCCAGCAUGGAGGACAACAGCCAGUCGGGCAGCACGACCAGCCUGGCGGCCCGCAGCAGCAACAAGAAGAGUGAGUUCAGAAACUUUGACCGGUCCUCGGUGAGGAGCCGCUCCUUCAGGAGGUUGAACCGGGCCUUCAGCGUCCUGCGGAGGACAAAGAGUGGCAACGCGGUGAGCAACGAGACGUCGGAGGAGAGAGACAACGCCAGGAAUUCCAACGUGCCACGGGAAGUGCUGCCUCUUCCUCAGCUGCAUCACCUGAUCCCUGACGGGGAGCUCACCAGUAUUAAGAUCACGCGGGCGGAUCCCUCGGACCCGCUGGCCAUCAGCAUCGUUGGGGGCAACGAGACCCCGCUGGUUCGCGUCCUCAUCCAGGAUAUCUACAGAGAAGGUGUGAUUGCUCGGGACGGACGCCUGCUGCCCGGGGACAUGAUCCUAAAGGUAAACGGCAUUGACAUCAGCAACGUGCCCCACUGCUACGCCCUGGCCACCCUCAAACAGCCCUGCCAGCUCCUCCGGCUAACCGUGCUCAGAGAACAGCGCCACCGCUACCGCUCGCAUUCGCAUGGCCACGGGCACGAGGUCGCCGGGGGCCACCCGUCUCACGGUCCGCCCCACCACCCGUUGAGGGACGACGGCAUCCACGUGGUCCUGAAUAAGUCCAUCCCGGACGAGCAGCUGGGCAUCAAGCUGGUGAGGCGGCCGGAGGAGCACGGCGUCUACAUCUUCCACCUGCUGGAGGGCGGCCUGGCGGCGCGCGACGGGCAGCUGUGCGUCGGCGACCGCGUGCUGGCCAUCAACGGGCACGAUCUGCGCUACGGCGCGCCGGAACAUGCCGCUCUGCUGAUCCAGGCAUCUGAGGAGGGCGUCCACUUCAUCGUGUCUCGUCAGAUCUGCCUGCCCACGCCAGACAUCUUACAAGAAGCUCCGUGGGGGAUGGACGGUCCUCCGCCUUAUUCCCCCGUGGAUAUCGAGCAAACACUACUGGACUCCUGUCAGAAGCCUGCAUGCUAUGAGAAGAACGUUACUCUGACUAAGGAGCCGUACGACUCCCUGGGGAUGACGGUGGCGGGCGGCAUGUCCAGCCGAGGGUGGGACCUCCCCAUUUACGUCACGAACGUGGACUCUGACGGAGUGGUGGGACAGGAGGGCUCCAUCCGCAAAGGCGACAUCCUGCUAAAUGUGAACGGGGUGGACUUGACCGGGGUGACGCGAGGCGAGGCCGUGGCCAACCUCAAGAACACCUCCUCUCCCGUCGUGCUCAAGGUCUUGGAGAUGCGUCCGCCGGAGGAGAGCCUCCAGGAGUGCGCUCUGCCGCCCUGCCUGACCCCGUCACCCACGGACAGCACCAAGAGCCCGCUGCCCAACGACGACUACUCGCCACUGUGGGUGUUGUGGCUGCAGCUGCCCAGACACCUCUACUGCUGCAAAGACAUCGUCCUGCGGCGGAGCACUUCGGGCAGCCUGGGCUUCAGCAUCGUUGGGGGUCAUGAGGAGGUCAACUGCAAUCAAUCCUUUUUCAUCCGCUCCAUCGUGGAGGGGACGCCGGCCUACAAUGACGGCAGGAUAAGGUGUGGGGACAUCUUGCUCGAGGUGAACGGGAAGAGCACAUGGGGGAUGACCCACACGGCGCUGGUGCGCCUUCUAAAGGAGCUCCGGGGCCGGAUCACCCUGACCAUCGUCUCCUGGCCGGGCAGCCUGCUGUAGCGCCGCCUCGGUGGCACUGACCAAGGAAUGUGUGGAGGCGGAGCUUUGAGACCGGCCGACCACCCCCGAGUGUAGAAUAGUGCUAUCUGGACGGACGGACGGACACGGCUGAGACGUUUGCCGGGAGUUUCGGAGAGGGACAAACAUGAGACUGGAUUGUUACCAGAGGUUAACUUGCCCCUCCGAGAACACUGAGCGUGUGGGGGGGGGAGGGGGACCAGGAUGUUGUUGUUAUCUGUUUGGAGGUCAUUCUCUGGCACAGCAUCCAGCGAGUGGAGCCGGUGGAUCGAGGAGGAGACACAACACGUUGCCAAUUCCAGUAGUUAUAUAUUAGGGUAUGCGUUAAGUUGGACUCACAUUUCUUUACUGUAAAUGUUGGGUGUCUAAAAAAAAACCUAAAAAAAUCCACAAAAAAAAGGUACUGAUCCAAGCACUUGUAAUACGUUUCUUUUGGUUUGUUUGUGGUUUGGCCUCUGAACGUAGGCUCCAUCCUGUUUGUACUGACAGUGGUUGUCAUCUUCAUCACGACAUGUUGCCAAGUAGUCGUCUGUGUUGAGCUUUCUCUCUGUUUUCAGAAGCAAUGGCUAAAUUAUCCAACCACUGGCAAUAAGAUAUAUAUAAAAAAAUAAAAGAUCAAUGUGUUCAUAACAUGUUAAAAAAAUAUUGAAUUAGGUGACAUUGUGGAGGCCUUACUCAUUUUCUUACUUUUAAGAAGAAAAAAUAACUGACUUGGUUUCUGUGUGUCGGCGGACGGUCUGAGGCCCGUCUGCUGCGGUUCUGUCUGUCACGCUUCGGCCUGUGUAGUAUAUCUGACGGUACAUUUGGUUAAAUGAUCAAUAAAGUCAUUUGAAAAAGAGA